UGUUGCAUUACCCUUCUGUCACCGGCUAGUGUUACAUUACCUCUUCUGUCACCGGCUAGUGUUGCAAUAACUCUUCUGUCACCGGCUAGUGUUACAUUACCUCUUCUGUCACCGGCUAGUGUUGCAAUAACUCUUCUGUCACCGGCUAGUGUUACAUUACCUCUUCUGUCACCGGCUAGUGUUGCAAUAACUCUUCUGUCACCGGAUAGUGUUGCAUUAACCCUUCUGCCACCGGCUAGUGUUGCAUUAACCCUUCUGUCACCGGCUAGUGUUGCAUUAACCCUUCUGUCACCGGCUAGUGUUGCAAUAACUCUUCUGUCACCGGCUAGUGUUGCAUUAACCCUUCUGUCACCGGCUAGUGUUGCAAUAACUCUUCUGUCACCGGCUAGUGUUGCAUUACCCUUCUGUCACCGGCUAGUGUUGUAUUACCCUUCUGUCACCGGCUAG